AUGGAUAUUUGUACUGGUAGUGUACAUCGCUCGGGUUGUUGUUUCGUUCCCCCAAUUUCAGAGCCAGAUUCCAAACGGACAGAACGUGCCCCAUCCUUGUAAUGACAAGGCGUGGUCAGCUGUGGGUCACGCUAACCCUAACGGGGGACAUGAAAGAAAUCCCUUCGGGAAUGACUUUGCUGCGCUUGGAAUGACAUGGAAUGAAGCACUUUGUAGAGCAGAUUCUGAUGGGGACGGGAUGAGUAAUGGAGAAGAACUGGGCGACCCAAACUGUACACGGAGCCAGGGUCAGCCAUUUCCAAGCACCCCAGUUAGUCACCCAGGUGUGUGCGAGCCAUUGGGUGACGAAAAAUGUAAAGGCAAAAAUGAUUGGCUGAAUUGCAAAAGGAGCGAUUUUGAAUGCGAUACUUUAAAUGAUCCAGAAACACAAUAUUUUGACAUAAAGUUUCCUCGGCGGAAAGUUCCUGCCAAGAAGACGACUUACACGUGUAUGGUGGUAGAAGUACCGGAAGUGGGAGACCAUCACAUGGUCGCUAACACACCCCUCAUAGACAAUGAUCACGUGAUGCAUCAUAUGUUACUGUAUGGUUGUCAAGGUGAUGCUGUUCCAAAAUUGAACACGCCUUAUGAAUGUGGUAUGGAGGCGUCCCUCGAGUGUAGGGAGUUGAUCGGGUUAUGGCAGGUGGGGUUACAGGGAGAAUGCAUGCACCGUGACGCGGGCUUCCGGUUUGGCAAGAACGGGUAUCGACAUAUUGCUCUGCAGAUGCACUGGACCAACAAGCAGGAGCGAUCUGACUACCGCGACGGAUCAGGGAUGAGAAUUUUCUACACUACCUCCCUCCGUCAACAUGAUGCUGGAACUCUAUGGGUAGGCCAGAUGUUCUUAGAAAUUCCUCCCCAGAUGCCGGACGUAGCAGUGAGUGGAGUCUGUACCUCCGAGUGUACAUCUAAAAUCUUUGAAGACAAUCUCAAUGUUAUUGGAGCAUUCAACCACAUGCAUCUACUCGGAAAAGGACAGAAUGUAGAACACUUUAGAAACGGAAAACGUAUAGGUGUCUUAACAAACGAUACACAUUACUCUUACAAUAGCCCAGCACAGAAAAGUUUUGACGUCCCUAUUGUCGUAAAACCCGGAGAUGAACUAAAAACUACUUGCACUUUUAACUCAGAAGGGGUACGAAAAUAUACUUUCUUUGGGAAAGGAACUCAUGAUGAAAUGUGCUUUGCAUUUAUAAAAUAUUACCCGAAGCAGAAAGCAAAGAUCCAGAAGUGCUUGUCAUUCAGAGAACUGUCUAUGUGUCCGAUGUUUCCAGAAACGGCGGAUCUCUUCGAUGACGGAGUAAAAGGGUGUAACAUUCCAAAGUUCACCUCACUCACCAAUCCUGCCACACUGGCCAUAGUAUUUCAGAUUCAGGCAAAGUGCAGGCCUGAUAUAUGUACACAAGAAUGUAAAGAUACGAUCAGAAAACUGAGACAACAUCCAUGUUUGAAGGAAGACAUUUGGGAAUAUCUUAAAUUCUUCUUAAUGGCGGAAAAACGGGGUGACUCGGGGAUAGACGUCGAAAAAUUAUUAGUGUUAUAUUCUGUGUGUGAUCUGCAACUUGGAAGGGAAAUGGGAAGGGACGUAAUUGUGGGAACAACAACAAUGCGCAUGUCUCCAGAGGAUCCCAAAGACAAACUAAUGACAACAGUUAGUACCGGAAGCACGAAACCCCCCUCCUGUCCUCAAUGUCCUCCCACACAUCUGUCUAUAUGUAACAGGAGCUCUGCCUUAACCAAUACAUUUUCAUUCGUAGCCAUGAUUUUAA